AUGGACAACUUCUGCAGUAAAGAAACUGCUGUGGCACAGUCCCGCAGAAUUGAGUGAUGCUGGUUAUUUAAUCUAACUAACUUCCUCCAUGACUGAAGCCGUUUUUCAAGCGCCUAAACGGCGUGCGAAGAUUUAUGAAUCAUUUGAAGCUCCUCUUCCAGUCUCAUUUAGCAGAGAGAAUGGAGAUAUCAUCAUAUACAGAGCAGAAAUCGUCAGUCAUCAUGUGAUAGUGACAGAUCCUGCUCAUAUACAGGCUCUAUAUGAGGGGGGUUAUUUUGGUAAAGGAGUGUUUUCAAGAUCCAGACCUGAACACAUGAUCUCUCAACAAUGGAAAUACAUUGGUGACAGAUGUCUCCCUGUUAUCUCAUCAUCUGAAUACCUUAAGCGCAUUAGUUGGGCACAGGCUGCUCUCUUGAUACAAGGAUUGGAGGAAGACGCUGUCAAUAAUGUAUUACAGACACUCACUAAACAAGUGGAGCUUGAUAUUGGUGAUGAACAUGGCAGAGAACCUAUCAAACGUCAGAUCGAAAACCUUGGUGGAUCAGAGGAUCAUAUGUCUUGUGACGCAGAUCUAGACAAUGUAAAAGAUAAUCUGGACCAUACUGAUGCUGAAAAGCCUCAAUGUCAAGGAAACCCUCUUUAUGAUCCAUUAGCUGAACUUUAUCCUGAAGAACCUGAGCAAUUGGACCAGCACACUAACCCCAGUGUGGAGUGCAAAAGACAUGAUGAUUGGAUCAUUCACUGUGGCUGUAGACCUGAUGAGAGGCAAUCGAUGAGUUCAAAGCAUAGCAUGCCAGAUGUUGACCCAUCUGAAAGUUAUGAAUAUGUUCUGGUGGAAGAACUUGAAGAUGACGAUAAUGAGAACACAGAGGAAAACUCAAAGGGAUAUGAGGGUCGAUCAGGCAAGUUGGUAUGCAGAAUCAACCCGUUUACUAUGAUGGAGUACCUGCAACUGAGUUAUGAAGAAGCUUUCUUUCUGGUGUAUGCACUUGGAUGCUUGUCAGUUUAUUACAGUGGGGAGCCUCUGUCGGUUAUUCAGUUGUGGGCGAUGUUCCGCUCAGCGCAGCCCAACUUCACCACCACCUACACAGCCUAUCAUUAUUUCCGCAGUAAAGGCUGGGUGCCCAAGUCUGGAAUUAAGUAUGGAACAGAUUUAAUGUUGUAUCGAAAAGGACCACCGUUUUAUCAUGCAAGUUAUUCAGUGGUGGUGGACAGAGUAGAUGACUCUUGCGAAGCUGCUGCGCUGCGGCCCUUCAGCUGGAGGUCUCUCGCCACUCUGAGUAGAAUUACUGGUAAUGUCUCAAAGGAAUUAAUGCUUUGCUACAUCAUCACCCCAUCAGAUAUGACAGAAGACAUGCUGUCCUCCCCAGAAUGUGUAAAGAGAUUAACAGUACAGGAAGUAAUCGUGAGCAGAUGGGUCUCCUCCAAAGAACGAACUGAACAGGAGGAAAUUUAGACAUUCACUCCAUUUCCAAGCCAGCAUUCCUUUUCCAUUCCUGACAUUUUUAUUUUGAAGUGAAUAAAGCUCAGUAAAAUAAUAAUAUCUGUUUAUUUUCUUUAAUAAUAUUCAUUGAUUUUGUUAAACAAUGUCCUUGUAUGUUUUGAGUUAUAUGGCAAAAGUAGUAGUCAAAAGGUGAUAAUUACAUUUUACUUGAUUUUAAAUAUACAU